AUGGCUCAUUUGAGAACUCACCGCUCCAAACUGAAGGUCGGGAACUGGUUUGAGGACCGGCACUUAGAAGAGGAUGCAGUCAAAGAACAUCUGGAGAAAAAAGAGAGAGGAGAACUUGUUACCCAGAAAGUAGACUUCCUCAUACAGAACAUGUUGAGACCGGUAAAUCUCUCUGUGUCAAACGAUGGUCUGUUGCACUUUGGAGAUGUUGUGAUGUUGGUGAACCUGGGAGGGGAAAACAGGGAAAGCACUGCAGUUAGCAUCAAUGCAGACAUCAACAGUGUGACUAAGAUCCCUUCGCCCGGCAUUCGAAUCCCCUGUGAAGUCAGCGCAGGACGAGGCAUUCAGGCCUGCACACGCACUGCUUUCAUCGUUACCAGCGUGGAUGGAAGUCCUGAAGGAUCAACUCUUCUUUUUGACCAGAGUUUUGCCCUGAAAACAACAAGUGGCUUUGCCAGGGGACUUUGCUUGACGAGUGACAUAAAAAGUUUUCAAAAGUGUGCAAAGAAGUCUCGCCUCCAAGAAGUAAACCUAGAUGACAGCAGUUCCUUUCUGUCCUGGUGGAAGAUUGUGCACUUUGACCCCCAGGAGAGACUUGGACAUGAGGGCCAGCCGGUUCACGCUAAUAAGAAGGUGCUGAUAACACACUGCAAGACAAACCAGGCUCUGGCUGUUCUGGGUGAUCAAGUCAUUUGGACCAUGUAUGGCAAAGAGUAUGAGGUUACAGCUCACACCUUCUUGGACUCCCAUAAAGCUGAACAGGAAAACAACCACUGGGUUCUGUGCACCUCUGACCCUGCAGGGGAUGGACUUGUGCUUUUCAACCGCCCACAGUCAGCAGUUGACAGCAAGGCGCUCUCAUAGGAAUACCCUGGCAUCCACAUCUGACACCAGCCAUUCUAGGGUGGCAGCACCUCAAAGUUUUAUAAUAAAUGGUU